AUGAGUCAUCAUCUUCAGCAUCAAAUGCAAUCACAACUUUUGACAACACCAUUAACGGACAGAUCAAAUACUGCUAUUACGCAAUCAUUGGAUUCUGAUAUAAUUAUGGGAAAUACAAUGCCAUCAUCAUUUCUUGAAAUGAACUUAUCAUCACAAACAUUGCCAUCAACAACAAAUGGUUUGUCGAAUGAUGUAGAAGGGAAUCGUUCUACUCGUAACAGUUUAACAGAUGACAGUAAUCCUAAUAACAACAAUAGUUCACAAUGUAAAUCACCCCUUUGGCUACCACCAGUUACACCGUAUACACUACUUGGCUUAUUAAAACCUCAUUUAACACAAUCAGGUUUAUUGCCAAAUCCAAAUCAUCCUAGUCAACCGGUUGCUCCACCUCCACCUGCGCCUCCACCUCCCCCUGCAUUUCCACUUGCACCUUCUGCCCAACAUAAUUCUAUGCAACAAACAAAUCCUGGGACGAUAAUGUUAAGUACGAAAUUAUGUGAAGAUCUAAUGAUGGGACAGCAGAGUAAUCUGAAAUCAUCACAACAUCAUAUUUCAUCAGUGUCUUCUACAUAUCUUUCAGAACUUUUAAAUCAUCAAUCACAAACAAAUUGUGGAAAGAAUUCAGUGCAUGCUUUAUAUGAGAAAAUAUUAAUCGGUGAACUGGAUCAACUGCAUAGAUCCCUUGAACAACGAUGUCUCCUAUCGAAUACAUUUGAUUCUAAUAAUCUGUCAGUCUUAUGUACAGAAGAUGGACGUGAGAAUACGAAUACAACUAUGACAGGAUCAGGAGCAAUGACAUCAGCUGGACUGAAAUCUGGUAGUCCAGCUCUUGGUACAAAUCUACCAGCGUUGACUACAGAUCCAGCGAGAGCAUUACUUAUCGCUGGACAAGUUUGUGAUUGGCCAGGUUGUGGAGCUGUCCUUGGACCAGAUACUUCUUUUAUUGAACAUUUGAAUAGGACUCAUCAAUUAUCGCUACAAGCACUUGCUCAAGUAGAAGUAUGCGCAUCACGUUUAGAGUUGUACUUAAGAACAGUACGUAAGGAAUCCCAGCGUUUAAAUGCAAUGGUUCGACAUUUAGUUAGUCGAGCACGUAGUAGUACUUCGUCUUGUUCUUCUCCCUUCGAUUGGCCAUCUGUUGGUUCAACUAGUGUUGUUGCUUCUACUGAGAACAAUCCUACUGUCUCUACAUGUGUGCCAAGGUGUACUACUAAUGUUCAGUCAAUGCUUCCACUAGGUGCAUUUAAUUGGAGCACAAAUAAUGGACAUGUAGAUGCCACAAUCAACUCUAUGGCAAAUGGGACAAUGGAAUUAACUGAAAAGACAGAUAUAGAAUCAUCCUCAUUUUAUGAAACACAAAAUCAAAGUUUAAAUCCAGUUUAUCGUGGUGAUAGUCUUUUACACUGUAGUCCAGUGUGUAGUACAGCAACUAGUACAGCUGAAUCAUGGUGUACAGAUCAAAUGCUUGUUUCAGAUUGUACCAUGUCUAUGCUACGUGAUUUACCUUUACAUCAUAGACGAAGCGCAGUGCAUGCACUGGCAUCACGUUGGUCAACUUCAGGUCCUUCAGGGUUAGAUACUUUUGCAUCGAAUGGAUUGACAAGUCAAAUAUCAAAUAACAAUAAUUUAUCCCCUACUCUACCAGUAUUCCCAACUAAUCCUAACGACUGUACAUCAGCCUCAUCACCACCAUCAGCACCACUGAAUUCAACAGAAAAGUUACCUAUUCAACCAUCAUCGAAUUCAUGUCAUCCAGCAUUAAUAGCUAGUGCAGCUGCAGCCUUGUUAUCGAGUGUUUCAAGUCUACAGAAUCAAAUUACCAGUAUGUCAACACAUCCUGCUGCUCCUGCUGGUGGUGUUUGCGGCCAUCAAAUACCAACAACAACAAUAACAACAACAACAACAACAGACCAAUCAGCCCCCUCUAAUCCUGCUGCUGCUGUUAUGGCAGUUGCCGCGGCUGCAGCCGUCGCUGCUUCCGGUUUAUCCAAUUCUCCACCUAUCUCUUGGCUUCCAAGAACUACGAACAGCAGUGGCGGUGGUGGUGCAACGGCGUUUUUCGACUCUUCUCCACCGACAAAUCUCAUAACACCAUUUGAUAAAACAGCAAAACAACGUAGAUUCGAUACAAGACCAGAGGAAGUAAGCAGUUUACUGACAAGUACAACAACACCUGCACCUACACCUACAUCUGCAUUAACAAUACCACCAACAGUUCCUCUACCAGCAAUGAAGUUACCCAGUCGAACAAAGAGUAGAGAUCAGGCUAAAUUAUCUUUAAAUCAUGAAUUGUCUGGUGGAGAAUUCGAAAAACAGAAUAAAAUAACUGAUAGUUUGGAAAAACCCUCUGUUCAUUGCAAUUUACCAGAAGCUAUGGAUACUGACACUUCAAGAACGUGUGACAAUUCUAAUUAUUCUUCCUCACUACCUUCAGUCGGUGGAUUAUCUUCUUCUUCAUCGUCGUCAUCAUCAUCAACAUCAUUAGCAGCAGUGGGAGCAGGAGGAGGCUCAUCAGGAACAAUGACACCUGCAAUAACAAUAAUUCCAUCUUCAGUAACAGGAUCCAUUAACAAUACAACAUUAGUAACAACAGCAUUACCGUCAGCAUCAUCAUCAGUAUCUUCACCAACAAUUACAACAGCUGUUGUUACUACUACAACAUCAACAUCAUCGACUAAUACUACUACUACAACGAAUACAUCAUUAACUCAAAGACAGUAUUAUCGAUCACAUUGUGCACGUCCAAGAUUUACAUAUGCUACUCUAAUACGCCAAGCGAUAUUAGAAUCACCAGGUCAACAAUUAUCAUUAAGUGCUAUUUAUGUUUGGUUACAAAGAGAAUUCGCCUAUUUUCGACAGAAUGAAGCAACAUGGAAAAAUGCUGUAAGACACAAUUUAUCAUUGCAUAAGUGUUUUCGACGAUUGGAGACAACAUCUGGAUCUGUAUGGGUCGUCGAUGAAAGUGAAUAUCAACGACGCAAAGCUAAACGUGCAGUACGUUGGUAUCCCAAUAGCAGUGGAGCAAAACAUCAAGGUUCGGUGAAAUCUGCACGAGUUGAAGUUGUAGCCACAACGCAAGAUGCAUCGAAGAGCACACUGACACCACCUUCACAUCCAAUGCAACAAACGCAACCAUCAGUAAUAACAAGCACAGACACAAUGAUGCUCGUCGAUAUGCAUUCUACAUCCUUGUCUUCACCAAUUCAUGCAUUAACAACCACAACAGAAUCGUAUAAUCCAUCCAAAUCAUCACCGAAAUCAGGCUUCUCUCCAGAAGUAACUACACCGCUUCGCGGAGUUGUCUCGAGUUCGGGGACAACUCCAUCUCAAUCAUCUCCACUACUGUCAGCUCUACUCUUACCAGGCUUCAAUAACAAUAAUAAUAAUAGUCAAGAAACUCUCCUAAGUAGAACAUCCUCGCUGAAUCAAACGAACUUUAUUAAAACAGAACCUGAAAUGAUGAAUCCUUCAAUUGGCAUUUCAACAACAUCGUUGACAGUUGUCGCUACAGGCUAUAAUGAGAAUCUUAGCAAUGAUAAUCGUGAGGGUAAUGGUGAUAGUGUUGAGGAUGCUGAUACUGGUGAUGGUAAAAGUCCUGUGAAUAAUAAUAAUAAUAAUGCUGAUAAUCAAACGCCUCAUUCUUCGCCAGUGUACGCUAACACGUCUGUUAUCGCUACAACAACGACAACACCAACGCCAACAAGUCCAGUAUCGUCAGUUAUUGGUGCUACCACUGGGAAUAUGAAUGAUGAAUUACAGUCAUUAAUUCCAGUGACUACUGCUAUGAGUUUAGCAACAAUAACUUCGACAGAUACUAACGGUGAAUUAGACAAUCAGUUAAUGGAUAUUGACAAUGAUUUAGAGUCAUCGAAAUCGGAUAUUGAAAUGAUGACGAUAAUGAGCCCGACAGUAUUGGAUAAACAAUGCGUCAACAAGUCAAUAAAUGUUAGUGAACAUAAUCCACCGUCUACUGAACUUUUAUCAGAAGAGUCAUCCACAUUACGAAUGUCUCAAAUGCCUCUAGAUCCUGUUUACACUUCAUUCGAUAAUAAUACUAAUAAUAAUACAAUUGAAACAAGCGAAGAUGUAAUUUCUACAGAUAACAUAAUGAUAGUGGUGAACAAUACUCCUGCUACUACUACUACUACAACUACCACUAUCACCACUACUCAAGUGAAUGAGAGUGUGAGUGGUGUUGAUGAUGGUGAUAACCUUGAAGCCGGUGACAAUGGUGUAGGCAACAGUAGCAGUAGCAGCGGUAGUAGUAACAAUGUUAUAACAUCAGCAUCUAAUUCAAAUUCAAGAAAAUGGCCAUCUAUUCGUCUUGUGCCCAAUUUAUUACGUCAUCCUACAAAGUAUACUACAAUUUAA